GGUCGCGGCGCUGGAGCGUCACGGCGGGUGCGCCGGGAAGAGCGCUUCCGGGUGGCCGUUGGGAGCCGUUGGAGAGCUCGCGCUUCGGGAAACAUUAUUUUGAAGAAUGUCUGGAAGCUUCUACUUUGUAAUUGUGGGUCAUCAUGAUAAUCCCAUAUUUGAAAUGGAAUUUCUACCUCCUGGAAAAGUAGAAACCAAGGAUGAUCAUCGCCAUCUCAACCAGUUCAUUGCCCAUGCUGCUCUUGACCUAGUAGAUGAGAACAUGUGGCUUUCUAACAACAUGUAUCUGAAGACUGUGGACAAAUUUAAUGAAUGGUUUGUUUCUGCUUUUGUCACAGCUGGACAUAUGAGAUUUAUAAUGCUUCAUGAUGUAAGGCAAGAAGAUGGAAUUAAGAACUUCUUUAAUGAUGUCUAUGACUUGUAUAUAAAGUUUGCAAUGAAUCCAUUUUAUGAACCCAAUUCUCCUAUUCGAUCAAGUGCCUUUGAAAGGAAAGUGCAGUUCCUUGGGAAGAAACACCUUUUAAGCUGAAUAAAUAACUUUUCCUAAGUCAGUGCUUUUUUGUACUUUUCUGAUUAUUUGAACUGUAGUAUUUUUUGGUUAGCAUGCCUGACGCUUAUCUUUCUGAACACUGAUAAAUUGGAUGCUGAAGAUGGUUUUUUGCUGAUACAAACAAAAACAACCUAGCUUCUCCGGUGAAAAGAAGAUGUAGUUUCCAUUUAUAGCUUACGAAAAUUAAGUUUUAAAAUGUCAGGCUGAGUAGGUACGCUUUGGGACAUAUGGGUGUCAAUGUAUAUGCAAAAUUUAAGCCUCUUUAUAGAGGGUGGAAGAAAAUUUGUUCUAAACACAAAAGAUGUCUUUAAUUCAUGUGAUCUAACGUGAGCAAAAAGGAAUUUUUGACUGUUUGGCCUAAAUGCUUAAUUUUGCUAUAAAGCUUUCUACUUACAGUCUUUAGAUAGAAAACUUACUCUGAAAAACAACAGACUAAUUUUACCUGUCAUGGUAUUAAAUCAGUUCUAUAUCAAUAUUGUAAAAUAUGUAAAGUGCUAAGUAUAAAGGAAUGAGAAGGGUGUCAGAAAAAGCUCUGCAGUUUUCUGUAGUCUUUUAGCAAGUUCUAAAGCUUGAAAUUGCAAAUUACCAGAUGUUUAGUGCAAUACAUACUUAGCUGCAGUGUUGUAUCGAUGAAAUGAGUGAAUAAAGUAGACAGAAACAGUUUGGUUUCCUCUGACUUUCAAUCUAAUUCACAGUAGAAAAAAUGCUAAUGUACAUAUUGAGAUCCAUCUUUACUGUGAAAUUCCAUUUGCUGAGGUUCCAAAAAGCAUUAUUUCAUUAUGAAUUGUGGUUAAGGACUUCUUUGCAAAACUUAACAUUAUUUUGAAAUAGUAAUUUAGCAAACAUCUAACUUUCAUUCAUUGUACAUUUUUUUUAAAAAAGUCUUUUCUUUUUCCAGCAAAACUGUAUAAACUGUUUUCUUGCACCUUUUGUUUUGAGAUAUUUAAAGUAAUUUCUAAAGGAAGUAGCAAGCUGUUCUAGAAGGUAUAUUUUGCAUAGUCUGUAUGCACUACUUUAAAAAACCAUGUGACUAGGUGUUUCGAAUGUAUAGUUAGUUAUUAUCUUUGUAAUGUAUGCUUCCUCCUAAAUUGUCACUGUAAAAUAUGCCAUGAAAAAAACAGUAAGAUUAUAUGUAAAAUCCAGAUAUUUACCUUAAAUAAAAUGUGAUAUGAUGAGG